AGAUAAUAUUCAUGUCUCAUCAAAAAGUAUCUAAAAAAUUAUUUAUUUUUUGUUAAAAAUUUGAUUAAAAUGUAACGGUUGGUAGUUUUUGGUGGGUUUAAAGGUUUGAUGAUAGAAUGAGAGAUGAAACCAUCCUGGAGAAAUAUUCAGGCUGGGUCAGGUUCACAGGUUAUACUCCGUAUACUGAGCCCAGUACAGGCCAACAACUCCAUCCUAGCAGUUGAACUAGGAACCGGUUUAAUUUAACCACAAACCACCACAACAACACAACGUGAGAACACAACAGCAAAUAAUUGUGAGAAAUAUUAAAAUGUCUGGUUAUCCGGGUAGAUGAGAAAUUUUGUGAUCUGCUGAGGAUGGGUACCGGAGUAAGGACGAACAUAUGAUUAAAUCUCAACUAGCAGAUCUCAGUUUAACUCAGGUAUGACUCUGGUAUCAGCAGGACCAGUUUCUGUCUGGCGAGAUCCAGGUCUUAUGUCGCCGGGUAGCAGUACUUCUCCAGGUCCUGGUACACCUACUCCCCCAGCAGAUACAAUAGUAAAGGAUGAGAAUGGUCAAGAUAUUGUGUGUGUGGUAUGUGGAGAUAAAUCAAGUGGCAAGCACUAUGGACAAUAUACCUGUGAAGGUUGUAAGAGCUUUUUCAAGAGAUCUGUGAGACGGAACCUGACUUAUCAGUGCAGAGGAAACAAGAACUGUCCAAUAGAUCAACAUCAUAGGAACCAGUGUCAGCACUGUAGACUCAAGAAAUGCUUCUCCAACGGCAUGCGGAGAGAAGCUGUUCAGCAAGGACGUACUCCAAGUGGACAGUCGUUGCUCGGGUUCGGGUUCAAUGGCUCUGGAGAAUAUUCCUCCGUCUCUUCUCCGUCCCCCUCCACCCCCUACCUCACCUCCUACAUCUCCUUGCUAGUUCGCGCGGAACCCUAUCCUACUGCUCGCUACACUCACAUCCCUCACCCAGGAGAUAUAAUAGGGUUGGAUAAUAUCUGUGAGUUCGCAGCUCGUAUCCUUUUCUCCGCUGUAGAAUGGUCUCGGAAUAUCCCUGGGUUCCCGGAGCUCCAGGUUACAGAUCAGGUUGCACUACUCAGAUUAGUCUGGUCAGAACUAUUUGUACUCAAUGCUGCUCAGUGUAACAUGCCGCUACAUAUUGCUCCGCUCCUGGCUGCUGCAGGAUUACAUGCUGCUCCUAUGGCAGCUGACCGGGUUGUAGCUUUUAUGGAUCAUAUUAGAAUAUUUCAAGAACAGGUUGAGAAGCUAAAAACUCUUCAUCUUGAUAUAGCAGAGCUAGCUUGUCUUAAAGCAAUACUUCUUUUUACGACAGAUGCAUGCGGUCUCUCAGAUCCAAACCAUAUAGAGCAGUUACAGGAGAAAUCUCAGUGUGCUCUGGAGGAGUACUGUAGAACCCAGUAUCCUAAUCAACCCACCAGGUUCGGAAAACUUCUCCUACGUCUCCCCUCCUUGAGAACUGUAUCCGCCUCUGUGAUAGAACAACUAUUCUUCGUGAGAUUAGUUGGGAAAACUCCGAUAGAAACCUUAAUCAGGGAUAUGCUCCUCUCAGGGAACACCUUCCAGUGGCCCAGCUCUGAUCCUCCAGUUACAACUUAUUCUUGUAUGUGAUAAAUUCCCUUUUCAAUCUUUCUUCAAAUUAUAUUAAUAUCCUAUCACGGCCUUAAAAUAAAUUUUCAUAUAUAUUGA